AUGGCGAGGGUUGCACUGAAAAAAGAAGAGGUCGAUGCCAAACGACGAGAGUUCCUGGGUUUUCGGGAAGGUUUCGUUGAGGAACUUGUGACGUUACCAAAAAUUGCAACAGAUCUCCCGGAGGCAGGUGAGCUGACGGAGGAGCGACGUCGUGGAGCAGCUGCCUUGGGAUUUGGCCUGGAAAUGCUUCAGUCGUCGUUUCUUGUGGAAGACGAUAUUAUGGACAAGUCGGAAACGCGGAGGAAUAAGCCGUGUUGGUAUCGCGUCGACGGUGUCGGCAUGAUGGCUGUGAACGACGCUUCCAUGCUUGAGUGUAUCAUCUACGACCUGUUGAAAAACCAUUGUUACGCGAGCCGGAAUUUUUUAAAGAUUUGGGAACUUUUUCAGGAAACAAGGUUGAAGACAAUUGCGGGGCAGUGCUUAGAUGGAAUCUCUGAGCUGGAACGGGGAUCUCGCAUUUUGGAUCAGUGCACGAUGGAUCGCUACCGAAAAAUCAUAGUUUAUAAAACGGCGUAUUAUAGUUUUCAUUGUCCCAUGAUCAGCGGGAUGCUGUUGGCAGGAGAAGACGAUUCUGAGCUUAUUGCUGCUGUCGGGAAGGUGCUUCUUCGCAUUGGCGAAUACUUCCAGACGCAAGACGACUACUUGGACUGUUACGGUGACGUGUCUGUAACGGGAAAGGUCGGUACUGACAUUCAAGACGGGAAAUGCACUUGGCUGCUGGUCAAGGCGCUAGAGAUUGCUGACCAGGCUCAAAAACAGAUCCUCGAGGAGAAUUAUGGACAGAAAUCGACCGAGUGCGUCGGGAAAGUGAAGCAAGUGUACGAAGAAUUGAAUAUUCAAGACGCGUUCAAGUCGUACGAGGAGCGGACGUUGAACGAGCUGAGGAACUCGAUUUGUUCCUUUGACGCGGGGGAAACGGUUUCUAUGCUCUUGCGUUCCAUUUUGAAUUUGAUCAAGCGAAGGGAUUGUUGA